AUUUGGGGUAUGAAUUAGUACACGUUACGUAACGGUUUUUGUCUUGUAUUAGGUCCAGAAUAUGAAGAAUUAUUGGACAUUACUGGACAGACAUCGGUAAUACUAAGACUCUACAACUUGAAGACAGGAAAUCGUAUUUUAAAACGCAGGACAGAUCACAGAUAACCGUUAACUGUUGCUGAUUGGCGUAUCGUUCAGAUUGUGAUCUACAAACGGCCUGACCAUUGAGCGAAUAGACCACCACCCCUACAUUAGUUGUAGCUCCAGUCUCACCCCUAUGGAGAAUACGGGAAGCAGUUCUGGCUACACUGCUACACCCUACAACAACUUUAAUACCCUUCAAAGUCAGCUGCCAACACCCCCUGGAUCUGAUUCAGCUUAUUCACCUGACCAACAAAACGGAUAUUACAGCCCCGAGCAGAUAGCGGCCGAUGCACUAAGCUACAACCAGUGUAUGCAGAGUGCAGAAAACUCGCAAAUACCGAGCACAACAGUAUUACAUCAGGGUACCCAGCUUGGUCACCCUUCUAACCUGUCACCCGUCAACCAGCAGGUAUCGCCACCUCAGCAAGUGUCGCCUGUACAAGGGACCAUGACGAGCAACCUGACCCCUCCCACACAACUCAAUACCCUCUUCAUGCGCAUGCAGCAGGAUGCACGACUAGCCCACUGCACCGCGGAGCAGCAACAGCGCCUGCUACUGCAACAUGAGCAGGAAACAGCUCGGAGACUGAGCCACAUGGGUAACAUUGCAGGGAACAUUGCUGGUUAUGGACAGGCUUUACCAACCAUUGAGAUCAACCGUGUGGGAAAGAAGCGCAAGAUGGAAUCACCAGCUCAAACGAUUAAAUCGGAGCCUGGUGGCAAAGGUCAGCCUGAGCAUGAAUACAGUGAUGUUGAUCAGGAGACGUCUGAGAACUACAGAUCGCUUCCAUGGACUGAUUACAACAAAGACAAAUGGGCACUUAUGCUGGACGCUAACUGCAGGCCUAUAUCUGGAUUUAAGUACACAGUCAGUGCUGAUAAGGGGUUUGUUCACUCCGAGGCCCAUUCAGCGUUCGUUAGUCAAAAGAAGAACCACUUCCAAGUUACCGUCACUGCUUACGGCUUCAGUAGUCCCAAGUUCAUCAAAACUGACAACACCGUAUCUGAGAUCAGAGCUUUCUAUGUCACUCUGUUUGGGUUCAAGAACGAGAGCAAGAAUCAGAUUAUUCCCAUCAACCAGAGUACGGUUGAACGACAGAAGUACUGCCUUGAUCCCCAGAGGGUUGAUUUCCAUAACGGUAGUCUGACCAAGACGAUUCCCCGUCUUCACUUCAGUGCUACCACAGAAAACAACAUGAGAAAGAAAGGAAAACCCAAUCCCAACCAGAGGUUCUUCUCCCUGGUGGUUUCAUUAGAAGCGGAGACUACUAACGGACAGAAGCACUGCCUGGCCGCGUGUAUCAGCGAGAGGAUCAUCGUCAGAGCUAGCUCUCCUUCCAACUUCGACCUGGAACAGCAGCUCUGGGAGAGAGUAGACAACAGUUCCAUCCGAUACAUGGGUAACGUGGGUAUCAACAUAGAGCGGCCGGACCACGCGACACUGGCUGUCGGCGGAAACGUGCUGGUGUCAGGUACACUAAACCACUACUCCGACCAGAGGGUCAAGGAAAAUAUCACCAUCGCAGACUGCAAGGAAGAGCUACAGAAAGUUAAGCAGCUGAACCUCUACAACUAUUCGUACACUGAUGAGUUCUGUGAUUACAGUAAUAUCGACCAGCCGGAACAGUUUGGUGUACUGGCACAGGAGGUGCAAAACAUCCUUCCUGAUGCUGUCCGCAACAACGGAGCUGCAACCCUCGAGAGUGGAAAGAUCGAGAAUGUCUUGACGGUGAACAAGGAGAGAAUCUACAUGGCAGGGGUCGGGGCUGUGAAGGAGCUGAGCGGAAUUACUGAUAACAUCAUAGACAAGAUUGACGAGCUCGAACAGGUGAACACUAACCUGGUGGACAGAUUCAAGAGAAGGUUUGGCAGUAAGAGCACCCUCAAUUCUAACUUCACCAAGUACAGCAAACAGAAACGGGGCCUCUUCUCAUCCAAUGACUCCAUCCAGUCAACCUACAGCGUGAGACGAUCUCUGAAGAUGAUGCAGAAAGCAGUUUGUGCCCUUUCUGGCGUGGUAAUCCUAUGUUUGGCUGCCAUCGUCUGCCUCUUUGUCGUCAUGCAUAACAACGCCAGCAUCGUCUCGUCUCAUCACGACGAACUACAGAUGCCUACUGAGUCAACGAGAAGAAACGUGUCAACAAAACCACAACGUGGCGCGACGGUGACGCCCCGGAAAACGUACGGACCCAACACUACCACACCGGGUCCUCCUAUAGACUACUUUGCAACCAUGGGCUGUGACAUCACAUCAUUCCCUGGUCUGUCUUCUGCCAAUGUCAAAGUUCAGUACUCUAGGAGUCAAAAGAGGUUGGACUGUAAAUACUCCAUUAGUAUGUCCCCGGAGGAAUUCUACCUGAAAACUAACGAAAACCACUUCUCUGUGGAUAUCAAGCCCGGAAGUGAUGCAAUACUGUCCCAACAAUGUCAAUACAAGACCAGUCCCUGUGGUUCUAACAACGCCUUCCUCCUCACAAACAACAACCUCAACAGUACUUUAGCUCUGGUGAAAUCUGCCAACAGUCAUACUGCUGAUAAACAGAAGAAAGGAUCGGAGCAGCAGUAUAGCUAUCUCCUAGUAUCAGGAAUCAGCAAGAUAACAGCCAAAGUGCGACUCCUUCCGUCGCGAGUAGCAUGUACAGACUGCUGUCACGUGUCGCAGGGCACCUUCCUCGAUGUUCAUUACACAUUCAACUUCGAGUGCCCCACUUCUGCCGGACACAAUAACAAUGGAUAUAAGAUUGGCUCUAACUCGUGACGUGACUGUGAGCUCCCACACGGGACCACUCCACUGCUGGAAAAAUGUUGUUUCAUCUGAACCGGUGUCACGUGAGACGAUGUCAUAUGAGCCGGAUGUUGUUCAUAACAGAGAACGGAAAUAUGCUGUUAAUAUAACUCUGUAAAUAGAUCCUAUAUCAAGAUGAAAUUUAUAUUGAGAUAUUCGAGAAAGAGAGUUCUAGACUAAUAGGAAGUUGAGAAAUUCAAGCUCCGCUUAUAUGAACCGAACAUUUGUGACCAUGACGUAACAGUUAUGUGGAUAUGUCAAUACGCUGACGAAGAAAUGAUAUAUUUUUGAUGAAAGAUAUCGAAUAUGUGCAUGGUUCAAUUCUCUGAGAUAACGAUAAUAGGUGGCGCUGUGUUAUCUGCUCUUUCCAACCAUCGCAGGUUCCCACUGCGGUCAUUUUGAGAGUUUUUUAUUUUGCACGGUAAUGCGAAAACUUAAUCAAAAUAAACAAUUCCAAGCCGAGGAUAACUUAAAUUUGAAAUGAUUAUUAUAUUUGGUUUCGAUUCGAAAUUGGAGGCUGAUAUUUUGCAUCGAAUCUUGAGUUUGAUUUAAUCGUUGAUGUUUAUUUCUGUGGUUAAUUUUAACUUUUUUACAGUUCUUACAACGUGAUAAAAAGCAUGUGAAACUUUUAUCUCUUUCGAUUUUAUUUUUUACCAUUAUUAA